UCGAGGCCAAAUUCCACUGGUUUCUAGGGUUUUUAGGCAGUUUUAGUUUUCUACCGUAGGAUUUUCGUACAAUUUGCAUUGUUUUCAAUCUCUUGUGUGAUUGGUUUAUUUUGAGUUUUCUUGAAGAUUUAUGCCUGUAACCCGUUCUACUAAUCAAAUUCAAGUGCAGUUGGAUCUCGAAAUAGAAAACACUUUACGCAGGUUACGAAAGGAAGCUCGCCUCAACACCAUGGCUGUUGCACGACAACAAACACUCAAGGAGCUUGCUGCUCCUAACGUGGAAAACCAACUAUUGUGCAUAAACAUCGACCAUAAUGUAAACUUUGAGCUCAAAUCUGGUUUUAUACAUUUGCUACCAACAUUCAAUGGUCUUGCAGGAGAAGAUCCUCAUACUCAUCUCAAGGAGUUCCAUAUGGUUUGCAUUGGCAUGAAACCGAAUGGAGUUGACGAAGAACAGGUUAAGUUGAAAGCUUUCCCUUUCUCUUUAAAAGGGGCAGCAAAGACAUGGCUUUUCUCUAUUCUCCCAGGAUCUAUUGGAACUUGGAAUGCUAUGAAGAAGAUUUUCCUUGAGAAGUAUUUCCCAGCAUCUCGAGUUGCCAACAUAAGGAAAGAAAUAUGUGGGAUUCGGCAAUCUCAUGGAGAGACACUCUCCGAAUAUUGGGAAAGAUUUGAGCAACUCUGUAUUCAAUGUCCUCAUCAUCAAAUACCUGAUCAGCUGCUCAUUCAAUAUUUCUAUGAAGGAUUGAUGCCUACUGACCGUAGUAUCAUUGAUGCUGCAAGUGGAGGGGCAUUGGUAGAUAAGACACCCGAGGCUGCACGCCAAUUGAUCUCAAACAUGGCAGCCAACUCGAAACAGUUUGGCACUUGUGGGGAUUUCUCAAACAAACGAGUAAAUGAGGUAAGUGUUUCUAACCUUGAAAAUAAAGUUAAUGAUCUUACUUCUCUUGUGCGUUCUUUGGCUUGUGGAAAUGUACAGCAUGUAAAAGUUUGUAGCAUAUGUUCCUUACAAGGACAUGCCUCAGAUAGGUCAAGUAUUCAUAACUUGGAAAAGCAAAUGGGGCAAGUAGCUUCAAGUGUAGGGAAAUUGGAAGCACAAAUGAAUGGAAAGUUACCCUCCCAAGCAUUGAAUCCAAAAGAGAAUGUUAGUGCGAUCAUGCUGCGAAGUGGAAAAGAACUUGAAGAGCAAAGGUCGAAACAAAUUGAGAUGGAGGAAGAAGAAGAGAUAGAAACUGAAUUGAGUACAAAGAAGGAACAUCCUCCUCCUCCACAAACUGAAAUAAAGACCAACACUCCAAAGGUAAUUCCUCAAUCAAUGAAUUCCAAUUUUAAAACAAUUCCACCCUUUCCUAUGAAUUCUUCUAGGUCAAAGAAAGAGGACAAAGAAAAAGAGAUUUUAGAGGUUUUCAAGAAAGUGGAACUCAACAUUCCUUUGCUUGAUGCUAUGAAGCAAAUUCCGAAGUAUGCCAAAUUCUUGAAGGAGUUGUGUACUACCAAGAGAGCUUUCAAACUAAAAGGUCACGAAACGGUAAGUAUGGGUGAAGUUGUAUCUGCUAUUGUUCAAAAGAAUAUGCCUUUGAAGCAAAAAGACCCAGGUGCGUUCACUAUCCCAUGUGUUAUUGGUAAUGCUAGUUUCAAAAGGGCCUUGUGUGAUUUAGGUGCAUCCAUUAGUGUUAUGCCUAAACAAGUUUAUGAUUCUCUUAGUCUUGAGCCUUUGAAUAAAACUAGUAUUGUAAUACAACUUGCGGAUCGUAGUUUUGUUUAUCCACUUGGUAUGAUUGAAGAUGUCCUAGUCAAGAUUGAUAGUUUGGUUAUUCCAUGCGACUUUUAUAUUCUUGAUAUGGAACAUGAUUCUUGUGAUUCAUCAAACAACACUCCUAUAUUGUUUGGGAGACCAUUCUUGAAAACUGCCAAUACAAAGAUUGAUUGUGGUAAGGAUACUUUGUCUAUGGAAGUAGGAGAUGAAAAAAUUGAAUUUAAUUUUCAUGAUGCAAUGACAUAUCCUUAUAGCAAUGUUUAUUCUAUCACAUGUUAUGACCAAGUUGAUAAGUGUGUACAACAAUUUUGUGAUUUUGAUAGUAAGGAUGGAUUAAGCGUAGCUUUGAGCUAUGGCUAUGAUUUUACAAAGAUAAAACAGAUGGAGAGGCAUAUAUGUGUUCCCCAAAGCGUGUACCAAUCAGCAUUGGCUUUGCAAGCUUUUCAAACUGUCCCCCAUGAUGCAAAAGUCAUUCUCUCCAUCACGGACAGUGAAUGGGUGGCGUCUAUCCUUUUGGUACCCAAAAAGACUGGAACCACGUUUAAAGAGAUACAGAAUGAUGCUUAUGAGAAUGCAAGGAUUUACAAAGAAAAGACUAAUAGUCUUCAUGACCGAAUGAUUACAAGAAAAGAGUUUCAUGUUGAAGACAAAGUCCUUCUUUAUCAUUCAUGUUUGAAACUUUUUCCUAGAAAGUUGCACUCUCUAUGGGUUUUAAGUGUUGAUGGUGCUCGUAUGGGUCGUGAUAUUGAUCAUGUUAGAAUUGAAAUAGGUUCAAAUGUCGGUGGUUUUGUUAAGGUUGAUAAUGUUAUUGAUAUAUGCAGUUAUGAAAAAGUUAAGAGUAAUAGUAGUGAUGAGUUUGUUGAUAUAGACAAUGUAAAUGAGAGUAGGAAGUAUAGAAAGAGGAAGAUUGAUCCUGCCACUAGUUUUAAAUGUAAGAAGUUUAAGGUUAGAGUUAUGGUUCCAUAA